AGUUCUGGUCCCUGGCCACAACCAAAUAGUGACCCAUUCAUUGUUGCUUCUUUUUGCACGGUCUCAAUUUUAAAAACACUCAGGAUUGGUUGGUUAAUCAAGUUGAGCCUUUAAAAAACGUAUCCAUUAUGCUGUACCUCUUGUUAAUUGCUGCGACCAAUCCACAAACACAAAAAAUUAUAAUCAAGUACUACAAAUAUUGAUGGUUUGCUUUCCAUGCAUAGUGAACUUUGUUGAUUUCUUCUCUAUUUUCAUUCUCACUCCAUUUUCUUGCUUUCGAGAGAUGAUGAAUAGUAUCAAAUUUCUAAUAUUUCUCUUGAGUGUUACAGUAGCACAACCAUCAAAGGGACAAAACCAAUUGAUUUUUGCAGAUCAAAGACUUGCUAUAGUAUACCCCAUUAUCCAGAAAUUUAAGAAUACCAUCACUUCUGAUCCUUUAGGUGUUACAAAAUCUUGGGUUGGUCCAAAUAUAUGUAAUUAUACUGGUUUCUACUGUGAAAGUCCACCAGACAACAAAUCAGCAAUUGCUCUUGCUUCUAUUGAUUUCAAUGGAUUUCAACUUAGCGCUUCGACGCUUGAUGGCUUCCUUGAUCAGCUUCCAGAUAUAGCCAUUUUCCAUGCUAAUUCCAACAAGUUUGGUGGGACUCUGUCUCAAAAAAUCGCGAAUCUUCCUUAUCUCUAUGAACUUGAUAUUAGUAACAACCAAUUUUUUGGGCCUUUUCCUAGUGCAAUUUUGGGCAUGAAUAGCCUAAAUAUAUUAGACAUAAGAUUCAAUUCUUUCACCGGAUCAGUCCCACCUCAAUUGUUCACUAAAGACCAACUUGACGCGCUAUUUAUCAACAACAAUAAUUUCAUGCAAAGGCUUCCUGAUAAUAUCGCGAGCAGCCAUGUUAUUUAUCUUACCUUAGCCAACAACAGAUUUUUCGGUCCAAUCCCACGUAGCAUUUCGAAAAUCUUGUCGAGUUUGACAGAGAUUUUGCUGCUCAACAACUUGUUAAGUGGAUGUCUCCCUUAUGAACUCGGAUUCUUGAACGAAGCAGUAGUGUUCGAUGCUGGCAAUAAUAGACUUACUGGUCCACUUCCGUUCUCAUUAGGGUGCUUGGAAAAUGUCGAAAUCUUGAAUUUUGCUGGAAAUCAGUUGUAUGGGAUAGUACCUGAUGUGAUUUGUGCCCUGGGGAAUUUGGCCAAUUUAUCGUUGUCCAAUAAUUAUUUUACAGGAUUUGGGCCAAUUUGUUUGAGAUUGAUAGAAAAUGGAGUGCUUGAUUUGAGGAAUAAUUGCAUUCCUGGUCUUCCAUUUCAAAAAUCAAUUGCAAAAUGUGUAGCAUUUUUUGCUUACCCAAGGUACUGUCCAUACAUGGCUACAUAUAGUUAUAUUCCUUGUUGGCUUUCCAACUUCAAAACAACUCCUCUGGAUCUCCCUGAAUUGGCUCCUUAACAUUUCUAGUGAAAAAUAUUACAGCUGUGUAGAUGGGAAGAACUGGGGGCGAAUCUAUGUAUAAAAAAUAGAUCACGUGAAUUCAUGAUUACCCGAUUAAACUGGG